AUGAUGAGAAGCGCUUCUCGCGUGGUGCGCUCUGUUCUGUUUUUGGUGGUUUUGGUAUUCCUCUCUUUGGAGGCGGUGAUUCGUACCGGUGUUGGUGUUGCUGCUGCUGAUGUGCACGAUGAGCAUGCGAACAACGGAGGAGAAGGUCAUGAUGAUUUCUGGGGAAAGAAGACGAUCGAGCGCGAUUUAGAGCGAUUCUCCGAGCACUGCGACGCGAUUUUCGGCGCGCACCAAGACCGAUGGUUGAAGUUGUACGAGACGAACGAACGGGUGCUGACGAUUGACGCGUCGUGCUCGGAACGCGCGAACGGGAUUGGGAACUAUCUCGGCGAUUUUUUAGCCUGGUUCGCCUGGGGGAUGGCCUCGGAGAGAGCGGUGUACGUUCGGUUUACGGAUUGCGGCGACGAGGAGCACGGGCGAUUCGUCCAGGAAAGGGCGUUUGAUUCUAAAGCCAGGAGAGAGGUGAAAAGAGACAUGAGGAAGAGGAAUAAAGAGGAAGAGAACGUCAUGGCAGCGAGCAAAGGUCAAGAUGAAAGCGAGACGAUGGAAAAGUUAAGAAGAAGGAGUAACAGUCGACGGUUAUCUUCGUCGUCGAGAAAGCUUUUGCAGCGAGAGGCGGUGACGUCGUUGUUGAACGAUAACGAGGGAGCGCAAAGACGUCAAGAGGAGAUGUUUGAGAGAGAAAGAGAGGAGAUGAUACGAGGUGAGCAAAUGGAGGCAAACAGAGAACGAGCGCGACUCGCAGAGGAGAGAAGACAGGAAAGUACAGUCAUGGAUAACGACUCUCGAGAAGAAACGCCAGAGGAGAUGCAGAUGCGCCGCGAGAAAGAACGACAAUCUCUGGUAGAGGAAGAGAAGGCGUUGGAUCAAUCGAUGGAAGGCACCGCGUUGGAUGGAUCUGGGUCUGCCUCGAGCGAAGCAGAGUUGUCGCAAUCUCAGCGCAACAGAAUUCAUACUUACGAAAACGAUCGCCACGAAUUGGCAGAGAAGCGGUUGAAAGAACUACGACGGCCGCUAGGUCCUAGGCCACAGGUUAUGCAAGAUUUGGAGGACCGCGAACGCGAUUUGGCGGGACGUACUUCUGGCAUGGCUGGCGCGGAUCUCGCGAUGCCCCCAAUUGAUCAUCGCGUCGUUGACGGUAACGAAGAAGAAUUAUCACCAAUAGAUGAUGUCGGCAGCUCUGUCGUGCCAGGAGAGGGUGGCGAUGCUCCCGCCGCAAAUGGUGAUGAUGCCAGUGAAGAUGGCGGGAAUAACAAUGACAACAACGAAACGCCGGCGGAUGAAGGCGAUCCCGAACAAGCUAAGUUAGAGCGCGAGAAUAGAUUGAAGCAAGAAUUAGCCGAUCGUGCACAAGCCGAUAAAGAGGAAGCGGAGGAUCGCAAGCUUCGAGACAUGGAGCACGAAGGCGAGCACGAAGAUUGGAGCUUCCUGAACGAAGAAGUCAAUCAUAAAUCGCAGUGCAAAGAAGAAACGAGAGCGUUGACGUGUCAAGACAGAGCGAACAUGGGUUUGUACUUUCAACUUCCCAACGGUAAAUCCUGGAACCUGGACACGAAAACGCGUAAGCGAAUCUUUGAAUCUAUCGGUCGCGGCCCGAAACAAGUCAUCUCCCCGGAUGAUUUCUCGAAAUCUACGAACGAAACGUUCGGGAUGCUAGAAAAUAUGCUCAUGAACGCGCAUCCUUGGAUUGAAAUCAAAUUACACACAUCCGGACAGGAUCAUGGAUUGAUUCCUGGGUCAACGCAGUCAUGCGCCACGGAAGGUGGCGGUGAAAGUUCGGGAGCUGGUACUGAGUUUUGCGCGGACGUCGCUCAAGCGGUGAUUGGAUUAGGCUAUAUUCGUUUAGCGAAGAAGCUCGAAGUUUCGUUAUUCAAUGAACCGCAGGAAGGCACGAAAGAAUUUUUCAACUCAGCGAACUACGCGACGUAUGAAAACAAGUUCGCGCACCAAAAAAUACGAGGAUGUUUGUGGCAUCUAACUUCGAGACCAACAGAUCGACUCGCGAGCGUUUUAAUGCCGUACAUUAACAAAUUCGAAGAAUUUGAUGCCGUCGGCGCAGUCCACAUUCGUACUGGCGAUUGGUCGAAUGAAAAUACGCCUUCGACACUGGACCAACACGAUGGCCGAGGCACGUUCGAGGAAAAGGUUGCCAGCGUCGACGCAUUGUUACAAAACGCAGGCACGAGUAUCGGAGAAUUGAAGACCGGAUCGGCGGAAAAACGAUUCGACGCUUUCAACGCGUUGAUUAAAAAAGGUGGAUUCACGAGGACGAAUAAGGAUACCAUUAUAUCUGAGUCGUGUCCGAAAAUCAACGGCGGUGAUUAUUUCACGCUAGGUGAACCAAAUGAUGCCGGCUUAUCCCCGUACUUUACGUGCAUCGGAAGAGCCGCGCAAAAAGCGGCGACAGAUCGCGCCACGGAAGGUAAAGGGAAAUUUGGUUUGUAUGUCUCAACCGAUUCACCGUAUUUGAAAAAAUUAACCUCCGAGUUGACCGAUUUGAAAGAUAUCGUCGUCGGAUGCAUUGGCACGUGCGAAUUUCAUCACGCAGCGCACGGUGCAAACGAACAUAUUGACCCAGAAUUUAACGACGACGUCUUGAGCGACGAUUACGACGACGAUUACGGCAGUGACGAAGAAGGAGCUCCUCCGAUUGAGCCUGCGGAUGUUAACAUCAAUAGCAAAGAUCCCUUCGUAAUGUCCUUCGUCGACGCGUACAUCCUUGGUUUAACCGACCACAACAUCCAAGUGACGGCAUCGACGUUCGAUAUGGUCGCUCAAAGAGGGUUCGGACACGGUGGCGUUCCGCAAAAUUUAGAAGACAACGGCUUUAGUUUACAAGGCGCCUACAAGCCGUGGUCGAACAAACACUUACCGAUUUGUGAAGCGUGCGGGUUGACCAGAGAUGAUAUGGAUAGUGAAGGUUCCGCGUGCCAAAUGGCUGGCGAAGCUAUUUUUGGCAUCGCGGACGACGCGAAGUUCGCGGAGAUGUUCAAGUCUUCAGAAAAAUCAGAGGCGCGCGCGUCCUCGAAAAGAGGAGGCGUCGCGGGCGCAGUUGGACAAAACAAAGUAGAAGAACUGGUCGAGGAAGAGAAGGAAAAUUUGAUUCCAACCACCAGCGAUUUUACCUCCGGCAAGCACGCAAGAUCAGGGACCCAUACGAAUGCGAUGCAAAUAAAUGAAGGAGAAAAAACAGAAGAAGAAGAAGAAGUAGGAGUAGCAGAACAAGAAGAAAAGAAAGUAGGAGAGGAAGAAAAGAGUGUCCCGAGGAGCGCGGAACCGGUCGCAGCAGCAGUAAUAGCAGAGGAAGAAGAACCGCCUCUGGAUGAAGCCACCAGCGAAUCUGAAAGCGUGAAAGAAGAAGAAGAAGAAGCGGAAGAAGUCAUCGAAGCCAAAGCCGAAGAAAUAAUCGCAGAGAGAGGAGAAGAAGAAAAAGAAAACGAAGCCGACCCGAUACAGGCUUGGAAAGAACUACAACAACAACGAGAGUCUUUAGAGCAACAAGGAGCGGAAAGCGCCGAUUAUUAA